AGUUUACAUUCGACGUUCUUGUAGCAAGGUUAUUCAAAACAAAUAUAUCUUUCGGUUUGGUAUACUGUGAGACGUCUUUACAAACAUUUUAAUAUUAAAAUGACUUAAAAAUUGGUCGUUAUGAAUUAAGUUGAUAUUUUUUUGUAUGUUUCGAGUGAAAUAUCGUGUUUUCUUUUCGUCAUGUUGUAUGUUUUACCGCCCUUGAGAACUCAAAAUACUUCAACGAAUUGGAGCAACUUUUGUGCUAGUAAAAACGCCCCCCCUGAGAUUAAAGGUUCGAGUUGGGAAAAAGAAAAAAGACCUCCUAGGGCCCAACUUAGAAACAUUCAAAUUAUCACCAUUAAAGAGGGAAUUUCCAGUUUUCAGGAUGAAACUGACACAAACAAGACCCCAAAAAGCCUCAGUGAAUGCUACUUUGCGGGCAAAGGUACCGCGUUGGUACUGCCGGACGCAGAUGCCACGUCUAAGUCCGCCUGCAUUGGAGCUGGUGGUGAAAACUAUGGUAAUACCGCUACCAACAGCCAUAAUAACGGAGGUAACGGAAACAACUCUCAAGGAAGCAGUACCAUACAGAAGCAUCUACAGUCCAUGUUCUAUUUGCUCAGGCCGGAAGAAACGCUUAAAAUGGCAGUGAAACUUGAGAGUGUUCAUCCAACUAGAACCAGAUAUUUAGUUGUCGUUUCGAGAAUGGGUGCGAGAGGCGAAGAAUCGUGUCUUUUGGGCAUCGAUUGCAACGAAAAAACCACAGUCGGUCUUGUCUUGAGGGUUAUGGCAAACACACAUAUCACUUUAGACGGAGACGGAGGUUUCAGUAUCAGCGUCUGUGAUAGACAUCAUAUAUUCAAACCAGUUUCAGUACAGGCAAUGUGGUCAACGCUACAGACUCUCCACAAGGUGAGCGCGAAAGCACGAGAGCAGAAUUAUUUCCAAGGCGGUCUGACACAUUCUUGGGUAGAAUACUAUGAAAAUAGAAUUGAAUCAGAUCGUUCAUGCCUUAACGAAUGGCACGCCAUGGAUAAUUUGGAAUCGAAACGACCACCCUCGCCUGACUCGAUCAGAACCAAACCCACCGAACGAGAGGAAACCGAAAAAGUCAUCAGGGCGACUCUUAAAGAAAUUAUGAUGUCGGUGGACUUGGAUGAAGUCACCAGUAAGGUGAUUAGGAGCAGGCUCGAGGAAGAACUCGACAUGGAUUUGGGCGAGUACAAGUCAUUCAUCGAUCAAGAAAUGCUGGUCAUUCUAGGUCAGAUGGAUGCACCGACGGAGAUUUUCGAUCACGUCUAUUUAGGUUCAGAAUGGAACGCUUCCAAUUACGAAGAAUUACAAAGAAACGGAGUUGGCCACAUCUUGAACGUUACAAGAGAAAUAGACAACUUCUUUCCGGGAACAUUCGAUUAUUUGAACAUUCGAGUUUACGAUGACGAAAAGACGGAUUUGUUAAAACACUGGGACGACACAUACAAAUACAUCACCAAAGUUAAAGAUCAAGGUUCCAAAGUUUUGGUACAUUGCAAGAUGGGAAUCAGUCGAUCGGCUUCGGUGGUCAUAGCUUACGCGAUGAAAGCUUACAAUUGGGAUUUCGAUACCGCCAUGAAACACGUCAAAUACAAAAGGACCUGCAUCAAACCAAACACCAGUUUCGUGUUACAACUAGAAACCUAUCAAGGAAUAUUGGACGCCAUGAAGAAUAAAGAGAAAUUACAAAGAUCCAAAUCGGAAACGAAUUUGAAAACACCCGGUUCAAACGGAAAGAACGAUAAAGUAAUCGAUAACAAACAACAACGAGACGUUGAAUUAUUAUCGAAAUCGUACAACACGGAAAGCGCAAUGUCCGGACAAGAUUUGAGAAAUAUCGGAUCGCGUCCUAAAUCCUGGUCGCCGGAUAAUUUACUAACCAGGGAGAUGGUAGAAGCCGCCAAAUCUCCUUUAUCAAUAUCCCUAGAAGACGUCAGCCAAAAAUCGACCGGUAAAGAAACCAACAAGAACGAAUCUAAAUCCUCAUUAGCCAGGCACGUUUUGAUGCCCUGCGAUAACGGCGAAACUUACAGCGUAUCUCCGAACCAAAUCGUACAUUUACCGGAUUUAGUUUCACGCGGCGGCGAAAAAAAAAAUUUAGUUUUGGAUUUGGCGAGUCAAUUCGAACAAAUAUCGUCGGAGGAAUUAGCGAAAAGUAAAGUUAAAACGGAAACGUGGGACCCCGGCGAAACGAUACCGUGUUGCGAAACAUCAAGCGAAACCUGUGAUCAUCAAACAAAUUUUAGUUGUAUAAGUGAAUGGACGGUAGCGCCGGAUAAUUAUAGUGAUAGUGAUUCGAUCAAAACGAAAACGGACGUUUUUUCAAAUCAAGUGGAUCGGGUAUUCGAUCGCGAAGAAAAGAAACAAAUGAGAACGUCGAUAAUACCAUCGCCGGAAGAGGAAAGACAACGGGAGAGCCCUUCCAGACAAAGUUCGUGGAGUUCUUACGAUUCGGCCGUGGCUUUGGGGUUUCAAAAUGAAACUUGCGAAUUAUCUCGUCAUAGUUCUUGGGGAUCCGGUGAUACGCGAACACUACCGAGCAGAAAUAGUUCUUGGGGAUCGUACGAUAUGCAACCUAGAGGACCGGUACAUUACGUUAACGAAAAAGGAGAAAAAAUCAUGCAUACCAACAACACAGAAACAUCGGAUAAUAACGAUACCCCCCCAAGACAAACCGGUACCGUUAAAAGAUGUAAACAGAAAUUUCAAGAAACUAAACCGACUAUUGAUAGUCGAACCCCUAGUUCGGAAACUUUAUUAUACGACUUGGACGUAGCCGAAAUUAUAAACGAAUCGAUUAAUUCCCGUGCCAUAGACAUUCCCAAAGACGAUAAACAAAAAUCUAAAUUAGUUUCCAGAUUAUCGAUCAGCGCCCCUGAACCAUCGUGGGCUUCGAUGGAAUUGAUCGCGAAAAACGAUCCGCCAUUAUCUCGAUCGACUUCGAAUGUUUCUUCGAAAGAAACAUCGAAUUCGGUGAUUAGUACCGCGCAGUGUUCGUCGGUAAAACAACACAGAACUUUUCUAGAAAAUCUGCACAAUUCCAACGACGUUAUUGUAACGAAAAAAACCGACAUGGAAAAUAACGGUUCGGGGAAAGUGAAGAAUUUAAAAAAGGAAUUCGAAGCCAAAUCGAGCACAAUUAAUACCGAUCAAAUGGAAAUGAUAUCGGAUAAUUAUAACAAAAAUAAAACCACCGCCGCCGCCAGUCUACCGUCGUCUCCUAUAACCGUGCACGUGACUAAAGAUAAAAAAUCGAUUGAUAACAAGACAAUCAACGACGACGUAAAUCUCAAAAAUCUAAUCGGAAUAUUCGAAAAUAACUCGGAAGUGCAAGUAAACCGUAGACAAAAAUUAUCGAACGCCAGACCAUUCGCACAAAACCGCAACGGGCGUUACUCUUGCAUCGAAAUGUCGCCGCGCAUACUUCAGACUCCGUUGAUAUCGAAUCUUAACAAAAACGGAUCUGUCGUCGAUAAAGAAGAUAAACGACCUCCGAUGGUACCGGUGGUGAGGACGUCGCCGGGACUGGUAGCGACGACGGUCAUAACGGCCGCUAAGAAAAAACAGCAACAAUACGGCAAAAGUCACCCUCUGGCGAGGUUAACUAUCAACAACAAACCCAGACACAAUAAUCCCGUCUACAACACUAUGUAAUGCUCAAAUUACAGAUAUGGCUGUGACCGCACUAUUUUUUUUUUUGUUUAUUGUUAGUUUUCUCAUUUUUUGCGUUAUAGCGAGAUCAAUUGACAUUUUUGUACGGAUUCACGAUUAUUUUGUGAUUAUGUAACUUGAAAUAUAUAUAUAUAUACAACUGAA